UCUCACUUUCUGUGUUCAACAGCAUUGGUGGCGUCGCAGUUGGUGUAAAGAGAGGAUCAGAUGAGCUGCUGUCCGGCGGCAUGUAUAACAGCCCUAGUUCUGGGCUGAGCAGUAUCAGUGAUACAACAUCCAAUGGCAGUGACAGCAAAAAACUCAGAGUGGAAGACAGAGUCGGCGAUGCCCCACCAUCUCGUGUUCUCCACAUCAGAAAGUUACCUAACGAUGUGUCCGAAGCAGAGAUCAUUGCUCUGGGGCUUCCUUUCGGAAAGGUCACCAAUAUCCUUACACUGAAAGGCAAAAACCAGGCGUUUCUGGAGCUCAGCACGGAGGAAGCUGCUAUGACAAUGGUCAAUUAUUACUCCGCUGUGACGCCUCAUGUCCGUAGCGUGCCUGUCUACAUACAGUAUUCCAAUCACAAAGAACUCAAGACUGACAAUUCAAGCCAGUCAGGUGGGACUUCCACAUCAGGGUCCAACUCUAGUGACGGUAGCGGUUCGGCCUCCAGUCCGGUGCUGAGGAUAAUCAUAGAUAACAUGUUUUACCCUGUCACCCUGGAUGUGCUGCAGCAGAUUUUCUCAAAGUUUGGCACCGUCAUGAAAAUCAUCACAUUCACCAAGAACAAUCAGUUUCAGGCCCUGUUGCAGUACAACGAUCCAGCUUGUGCGCAGCAAGCUAAAGUGGCUCUAGAUGGUCAGAACAUUUACAACUCCUGCUGUACUCUUCGUAUAGACUACUCAAAGCUUGUCAAUCUGAAUGUGAAAUACAAUAACGAUAAAAGCAGGGAUUAUACUAGACCGGAGCUUCCAGCUGGAGAUGGGCAGCCCGCUUUGGAUGUAGCUGCUGCAUUGAGUAAAGACUCCAGUUCCCUGCUUGGGAAGAUCCCUGGUGCUCUGAGCCCAUUGAGUGCGGCUGCUGCUGCCGCUGCAGCUGCUGGAAGAGUGGCUCUGUCCGGGCACUCUGGCUCUGGCGGCGUGCUGCUUGUUAGCAAUCUAAACGAAGAGAUGGUUACGCCCCACAGUCUGUUUACCCUCUUCGGAGUUUAUGGAGACGUGCAGCGCGUGAAGAUCCUUUUUAAUAAGAAAGACAGCGCACUGAUACAGAUGGCCGAUAUGAACCAGGCUCAGCUUGCGAUGAGCCAUCUAAAUGGUCAGAAGAUGUUUUCAAAGAUCAUCCGAGUCACGAUGUCCAAGCACCAGACCGUUCAGCUGCCGAGAGACGGUUUAGACGACCAGGGUCUCACCAAAGACUUCACCAACUCUCCGCUACAUCGCUUCAAAAAGCCCGGCUCCAAGAACUUCCAGAACAUCUUCCCUCCUUCUGCCACGCUGCAUCUGUCAAACAUCCCGCAAGACGUUACUGAAGAAGACCUCAGAGUCCUGUUCUCCAACUCCGGCGGCACUGUGAAAGCUUUCAAGUUUUUCCAGUAA